GAGCCCGUUGGUGAGGCGGAGUUGCCAUGGCAACCGGGCCUACCCACCGCGGCCUAGCGAGGCCUAGCGGGGCCUGGCGGGGCCUGCGCCGCCGCCAUGCGCGCGUGCUGGCUGGUGCCGAGGGAGGGCCGCAGCCGUCGGAUCCCGCUGCCGCACUCGGCCGCCGUGGUGGUGGGGCGCGGCCCGGAGACGGGGAUAACGGACAGGAGGUGCUCGCGGCGGCAAGUUCAGUUAAAAGCCGACUGUAACAAGGGGUAUGUCACAGUUAAACAGAUAGGAGUCAACCCGACUAGUGUUGAUUUAGUGGACGUUGGCAAGGAUGAAGAGGUGAAAAUGAGGCCAGGCCAAGUUCUGCACAUUGUGAAUAAACUUUACCCCUACACAGUGCGAUUUGCUGAAGAGUCGGGGAAAACUGUUACAGAAGCAGAAGAGAAAGUACAAACUGAAAAGAGGCCAUGUGAGGACUCCUCCGAGAACGAUGAUAUAGAAAAUGUGCCCAGAAAGGCGAAGAAAAUGGAGGCGGCGGAUACACAAGGCAGUUCUGCAGAGCUCAAGCUAAGCAAGACCAGUGUGUCUCCACAUGAAGGGACUUCGAGCAAAAAGGAACAUUUAGGACACUGGAGUCAGGGUCUAAAGAGUUCCAUGCAAGAUCCAAAAAUGCAGGUUUACAAAGACGAGAAGACUGUAGUCAUCAACGACAAAUAUCCUAAAGCACGUUACCACUGGCUUAUUUUACCAUGGGACUCCAUUCCAAGCCUGAAGGCGGUCACCAGGGAGCAUCUUGGACUGCUGGAACACAUGCAUGCAGUUGGGGAAAAAAUGAUCGAGCAGUGCCCUGCUAGAGGCAGUCUGGAGUUCCGACUGGGUUACCACGCUAUUCCCAGUAUGAGUCACCUGCAUUUGCAUGUAAUCAGCCAGGAUUUUGAUUCCGCUGCCCUGAAAACCAAAAAACACUGGAACUCUUUUACUACAGAAUACUUCUUAAACUCCCAAGAUGUGAUAGAGAUGGUAAGAAGCAAGGGAAAAGUAACAGUGAAAGAUCAUGCCUCUGAACUUCUCAAAUUGCCCCUCAGAUGCCAUCUUUGCAAACAACAGCUAUCCACUAUCCCACAGCUAAAGGAGCACCUCAGGAAACACUGGCCAAAAUGACACUGCAGAAGAUCAUCUGACAACCCAUGUGUUCAGAUUUCAGGCUAAAGCAAUGACCUCAAAAUGUUAAGGGACAUGUAUGCGUUUUGUUAAUUGCAUUGAGAAAUGUUAAAGGGAAAACAGAGCCCACAAACAGCAGCAUGAUAACUUUGUCAGAGCUUAGACAAAAAUUUAAUAAAGUGACUUCUGAAAUGAA